AUGUGUACCACGGAGAUGACGGAAUCGUACACGAUGUCGCCGUCGACAACCGCGGUAUCUUCCAGCGUCGUGACGCCCGGCUCGUCCGCGCACCGACGGACGUCGUGCAGAGGCUCACCGGCUCGGGGGGACGUCCAAGACGACGAGGACGAGAUUUCCGUAGGCUGUCCGAGUCCGCUGCCGCUGGUGGUAGCGACGCCCAAUACGGAAGACGAGUUGGCCUCCUCCAGGGAGGAUUACGCGGACCGUCUGAGCCCUACCAGGAGAACCUAUCCGCGGGACUCGAUGACGGAGGACGACGAGGAGAGAGAUUACUCCCGCAACGGAGAAUACAGGAUGUCGAACGGCAGAACGAGCAGCAGGACUCGCGAGAGCGGCGAUUCGGUCACGACUCUCAGAGACGACGAGGAGGACGAGGAGGAGGAGGACGAGGUGGACAGUAGGACCGGUAGCAACGGAGCGGCGGCCGCUGCUACCACGGACGAUUACUUCAAGCCGCUGAAACGCCUGAAGAUGGUGCCGAUGCAGCAUUCGGACGAGGAGGACGAGAGGGAACGGGAAUCCAAUGACCGGGGUGUUAAGUCUUUCAGUAUCCUCGAUAUUCUGUCGCAUCGACCGAAGGCGAAGAUCGUCCGUCCUUGGGACACGACGGAUUCCGGCCUCGGCCAUCAGCACCGUCACCAUUUACAGCAGCAGCAGCAGCAGCAUCAUCAUCAUCAGCAGCAGCAACAGCAACAGCAGCACCAUCACCACCAUUUGCACCACCAUCAUCACAGUAGUCAUCCGAGUCACGCGACCGGGCCUCGGGACCUCUCACUGAUGGGUAUGUCACUCGCGUCCAUGUCCGGCUCCAUCAGCGAGCCGCCCCUCAGCAGCUCCUCAUCGUCCGGAAGGAGCUCCGUGUCGGAUUCCGGUAGCCCGGACCCCCUCGCCCAUCAUCACCAUCAUCAUCAUCAUCAUCACGCCGCGCUUCAUCACGCGGGCAUUCAUCCCGGCCUGCAUCACCCGGCGCUCCAGCAGUCCCAGCAGCAGCAGCAGCUCAAGAGGAAAAUGCCGCAGCAGCACGGAUCCCACGCUGGCCAAAACGGCAAGAGAACUACUGGCCAGGGCAGUCCCUUGGACGCACUCUUCCAAAUGACCAGCAAAACCUUCGACGCGGGCGAACACAGUCAAGAACAAGCCAAUCACUUGAACCUGUUCAACAACCGCCAACAGCCGAAGAAGAAGCGCAAGAGUCGGACCGCGUUCACGAAUCAGCAGAUUUUCGAGUUGGAGAAAAGAUUCUUGUAUCAGAAGUACUUGAGCCCGGCCGACAGGGACGAGAUCGCCGCUCAGCUGGGUCUGAGCAAUGCCCAAGUGAUCACGUGGUUCCAAAACAGGAGGGCGAAGCUCAAGAGGGACAUGGAGGAGCUUAAGAAGGACGUGCAGACUGUGAAUCCACUUCUGGUCGCUCAACAUCACAAGACUUUCCUAGAGAACGUGCAAGAUCUGGGAAUCUUGAAGAAGCGACCGUUGCCAAAUUCCAUGGACGAGAAGUCGUAGAGGUCGACUUUUCCGACCUUCUGUGCAAUUGAGGCUCGAGGAAAAUCGGACGA